ACAUGACUUUUAUUUUGUAGUAUUCACCACAGACUAGUGUAGCUCUACUCAUUAUCGCUGGCUUCACAGAACCUAGAACAACUAUGGCGGAGCCCUCCUUAAGUGGUUCAGUCUCUGAAGGAGCACAUCCAGUGGUCCAGAAUGAGGACAGAGACUUUGAUCCUUCAGCAGACUUGCUCGUACAUGACUUUGAUGAUGAGCGGACAUUAGAAGAAGAGGAAAAGCUGGAGGGAGAGACCAACUUCAGUGCCGAAAUUGAUAACCUCACUCGAGAGGGUGAGAUGCCCAUUGAGGAACUUCUGAAAUUGUAUGGCUACAGCACUGGUGGGUCUCCAGAGGAAGAGGAUGGAGAUGUUCAAGAGGAGGAUUCUUCAGAGAAUAAUUGCUGCAGCCAUAGUAAACUCAAAGAGGAUGAUCAAGAGAAUCAAGAGGAUGAGGAUGUGCAGUCAUCUGGUGAGGAGCGUCCGUCCUGCAGUGUUUCUCACAGCACAGCUCAACUCCUCUACCCUCGGGCUCGGCCAUCCAAUUACUUGGAAGGGGAUGAGGAAGAAUCUGAAGAUGAUGAUUAUAUUCCAUCUGAAGAUUGGAAGAAGGAAAUCAUGGUUGGUUCAAUGUAUCAAGCAGAGACUCCUGUUGGCCUUUGCAAGUAUAAGGAUAAUGAAAAAGUGUAUGAGAAUGAAGAUCAGCUAUUGUGGAAUCCAGAGUUAAUUCCAGAAGAAAAGGUUGUAGAGUUUUUAGCCGAGGCCUCUAAAUGCAGCGGGGAAGAGACGGGUGUCUAUGCAAUUCCUGAAGGAUCUCACAUCAAAGACAAUGAACAGGCUCUUUAUGAAUUGUUUAAAUGCAACUUUAAUUCAGAAGAAGCUUUAAGAAGACUGAAAUUUAAUGUGAAGCCUGCCAAAGAGGAAAUGUCAGUUUGGACGGAAGAGGAGUGUCGAGGUUUUGAGCAAGGACUCAACACUUACGGAAAAGAUUUCAGCUCAGUACAAGUGAAUAAGGUGAGAACUAGAUCUGUAGGGGAAUGUGUGGCCUUUUAUUACAUGUGGAAGAAAUCUGAGCGUUAUGAUUUCUUUGCACAGAAAACCUUUUAG